AUGAAUAAAUAUACUUUAGCAUUUAAGGAUGCUUAAAUCGAACAAAAAUAUUAAAGAUAACUAUUAAAGGUUAGAAGGUGGACUACCUUUUGCAUUGUGACUCUUGGGCUUUGCGUCAUAUUCAUAAUAAAAUGUGUUUAAGCAGGAAUGGAAGGAAAUAAUUACUCGUUACUUUGUAGUUCUAUUCUGCUCGGCUACUUCUUAGUUUAAUUGAUAUUCGUCAGAUUCUAUCCAUAAUAUAUCCGAUUGGCCUUAAUUUUGGUAAAUCACAUAAUGAAUAUAUAUUUGUUUGCACAAGAGGCCAAAAAGGACUCUUAGAUGGCUAUGUUGCAGGGAGUUAAUCAAAUGGGAGCAACCUACUUGUUGGUCUUAAUAGGGGAGUAUCUUGAUGGCAUAAUCACUUUGGUGAAUUUAAGUAUAUUUAGAAUAGCUUGGGCAAUAGUGUACAGUACUUAGAUUCAAGUGUCGGCCAUAGUAUCAUCUGUAUUACUUAUAUUCUACAUCAACUAUUUUAAUUACUAAUUUCACAAAGGAAUGAGGUCCUAGUAUUUAUUAUCAUUCGUUGAUUCCAGUUUCGAAGAAUUGUUAAAGAAGCUAUCCAUAGAGUUUCCAUAUAUGAUAGUCUAAUUUUAGGAAGAUAACUUAAGUUGUCAAAUGUCUACUUCGAAUAAAUGUGAGUCCUUGUUUUCGAAUUCACAAGAGUCUAAUGAUUUCAUGAACAAUAGUUAUGUUGAUAGCGUUCCUCUGAAGAGUUACUUGUUUUAGUUAAUCUACAAUUACAAUUAAGAUCAUUCAGCCAAUAGUAAUAGUGAGUUUAUAAUCAGAUAUUAAAAAAAGUCUUUUUUGGUUACAUCAACAUUAUUUUAAACUAAUUCAUUAAAAGCUCUACUAACAUUCAAAGAAUUUAACAAAGUGAGCCUAUUAUAGAAACAUCUGUUAUUAAAUCGAAAUCUAUAAUUGAUGAAUCUUAUAAUUAGAUUAGCAAAGAGAUUGAAACACUAUGCUAAUUCAAAUUACUAAUAUUUGAAAAUUCAGAGGAAGGCCCUAAUCCUAAUAUUGAAUGAAAAUAUCAACAUAUAUGAGAAUUACAAGGAGAUCUAAGUUCUAGGCCUAAUUAGAAAACUGUUGAAUUAUUGUAGCAAUUUGGAUAUUAGAGUAUAGACUAAUCUUAGCUUAAAACAUACAAUUUUUACUCAUCCAAAAUUAUUUGCUUUGAUAUUCUGGAUUAUCGCAGACAACGUAAAGAGUAAUAAGCUGUUGGUGACUUGCAAUUAAACUGAGGAAAAUUGUUAUUAGAUAAGAUUAAUAAGUUAAUUUGAUGUAGAAAAGAUUUAAAACUUGAUCCAUCCCAACCUCUUGAAAUACCAAAUCUUAUUUUUGGAUAUCUUUUUAAGUAAAACAGAAAUUAGUCUUGUACAUACAUGUGAAUUGGAUGUCCCAUUUUUUCUUGAUUACAAAUGA